AUAUAAAGAAUAUCAUUUCACGAAAGAAAAAGAGCAUUUCCUUUGAACGAUUACCAUCCUUACGGUAGAGCAGGACUCUCCUACUUGAAUUUCUCGUGAUAUACAUUUCGAUCAUAAUGGCGCAUCAACAACAUAUACAACGGCAUAAAGACCAUCAAUAUCAUUCCUCUUCAACAUCAACUAGAUACUUCACAUCAAAAGCCUCUCAAGAUACAAUGAAUUCUUUGCGUAUAGAAAGAGCCCCUUCAUCGCAUUCCCGAAGUUCGCUCCAUCAUCCUAUAAUAGUAGACCCAUUGAUACCUCUAUCAACAACAGACAAAGCAGAAGAAUCUUCAAAUUCAUCUGAAACUGAUGAGGGUAGAGUAUCUAACCAUACAGCUACCAACAACAGCGAUUUAAUACCUACUCGAACAAUACAUGACUUAGAAUUUGAAGGCAACAACCUCGAUGUCGAAAAAGGUACAGGGGCCACUAGCCAUCAUUUUGCCGAUGGUAUUCCGGGAUCUACGACUGCUCCUUCACCACUUCCAGAAUUAAGAACUUAUCCUAUCGCUUGGCUAUUACUAUUCUGUAUUGUAUGCAUUCGAGCUGCCGUUGCUAUUUUUUCCAAUACCUUUAGCCCUAUUCCCUCAGUAACAGCGGAAUUCAUGGGCGUUUCUUUAUCAAGCAUUAACUGGCUAUACAACAUAAUGGCAAUAGCUUACAUUUUUGUAAGCUUCUUUACAAGUUACUUAUAUAAAAAAACAGGUGUCAAAUGGUCGCUAUUUAUUUCCGGCGUCUUGCUUUCAGUUGGAUGUUGGAUUCGAUGGAUUGCAGUUAAAAUAAGCCCACCAUCGUUUAUUGUCAUGAUGAUAGGCCAAACAAUUGCUUCCCUAAGCUCACCAAUUAGUCUUAAUAUCAUGACCAUGUUCACUGUACUUUGGUUUACAGAGAAUAGAAGAGCAACUGCUGGAAUGUUCAUUGCAUCCAAUUAUGGCACAAUUAUUGCUAUGUUUCUAAUACCAGCAAUUGCAACUGGAAAAGACAAAAUUGAACUGACAGUUAUUGUUGUUGCCGCUAUCAGUACUGUUUGUACAAUACCAUUUUUGUUCUUUCCUCGAAAACCAAAGACUCCUGCUUCAUACGAAGCAUUGAGAGAGGCCAAUAAUGUAGAUAACAAUGUACCUGCAAAACCGCAGAUGUCUCUCAUGCAGGAAGCUCUCUUGUUACUGAAGAAUCCCCAAUUCAUCAUAUUAUUUUUUGUGCACGGUUUCAAUAUUGGGCUAUCUAUAGCAUGGAAUGGUUUAAUGAAUCAGGCUAUCUCUCCUUAUGGAUAUUCAGAUGGAGAUGUCGGCAUGAUUGCCGCUUUAGGCGUUGUGGGCGGCUCAUUCGGUUGCCUUGUUUCUGGUCCUGUGAUAGAUCGUACUAAACAACACAAGGUUUUGUUGAAAAUUAUGACACCACUGAUGUUCACAACUUACGUUGCAUUCGUUUUUGUCGUGAAGCAAGAUUCUUUUGCGGCGAUUUUGUACACAAACAUGCUGAGUCAAUUCUUUCUCAGUUUUAUACUACCCAUUUGUGUGGAAUUAGGGGUUGAAUGUACUUAUCCUGUGACUCCAUCACUGUCAACUUCACUUCUAUGGCAAGGAGCUCAAUUUAUAGGUUUCGUACUGGUGAUUAUAAUGGAUUUAUUCCGUGACCCAUACGGUACGCCUAAAGGUAAUAUGUACAAAGCACUAGUUUUUCAGGCUAUAAUUGCAGGACUAUGUAUGGCCUUUGCGCUCAUCUUCAAUGGACGUAUGGCACGGUCGGAAGCAUUGCAACAACAAGAAAAAUCCGAACGGUCAGAAUCAGCUGCAACGCUUUUUGAUGAGAAAAAAGUCUAGCAAAAUACUGUUAAAAAAGAUAGUAGCAUUUGUACACACUUAGAAUAGUUCAAUAUCUAUCCUACUAUUGAAAUCUUAGGGGAAAGAAAGCAAUAACUACCCCACAUUUUUAUGUAUUAAUAGUAUACAAAUUAAAUUUUGCCCAAUAAACGAGCAGUAACAGUAGUAAUUAUUGCCC